AUGCCCGGUCGCCGGGUAUCCUUUGAUCUCGGGAGCAGCAAGCCGACCAGGAGCGGGCGAGGCCACCAUCACAACCGCAGAAGCCACAGCGCCGAGCGUGUCCACCGUCUGGCGGACGACUUCCCCGAGAUGCGUCCGGCACCGUCCUACGACCAGCUCGUGCGCGAGAACCACAUCCUCAAGCUCGAUCUCCGCGAAAAGGACCAGGAGCUACAGCGGGAGCGGGCGCUGGCGGAGCACUACCGCGAGCAGGCCGUCGACCUGCAGCGGUCGCUGGACGCCAACUCGGACCAGGACGCGCGGCGCGACGGCAAGCUCAAGGAUCUGAGAAAGAAAAACGCCCGGCUCGAGGUCGAGAACGCCGACCUCGCGGCGCAGAUCCGUGACCUCGGCCGCCAGCUGCGCGAGGCCCUCGACGCCCGCGCCGCCAGAAUUCAUAUUGAGGUGGAGAGGUGGAAGAACGAGGCGGCCGACUGGCGUCGUCGCUACGAGGAAACCCACGCCCGCUACGAAGACGUCCAUCGCCGCCUGGACCGCAUGCGUCGAAACAUGGACGAUGUCGUGCAGGAGAAUACCACGCUCAAGGUCCAGUUGAGGCGCGGGUGGUGA